CUCACUUUGUGUUCCUGCCCCUCAUCUUGCGUUCCUGCCCCUCAUUUGAGCUCCUGAGACAUUCUUCGACGAUAAUUGGCCAAGACUAAUUGCCAUCGUGGAUACGCAAGGUACAAGCUCGUUAUAUUCAUCCCGCCAUCCAGACCUCACAUUCCCAGCAUGGCAUCAAGAGGCCGCCUUGAAGGCAAGGUAGCCAUCGUAACCGGUGCCGGUUCAGGUUUCGGGGCAGCUAUAUCUAAAAUCUUCGCGAACGAAGGCUGCAAAGUCAUAGUCGCAGACAUCAACCGGGAGGGUGGAGAGAAGACCGUCGCCGAGAAAUCGACCCACAUGGCCUUCCACGAAAUGAAUGUUACGAAAGCGGCAGACUGGAAAGCUACCAUGGACGCGGCUGUGGAGAAGUUCGGAAAGGUAGACAUUCUCAUCAACAACGCGGGAACGUCGUACCGGAAUAAGCCCACUGUUGAGGUGACGGAGGAAGAGUUUCAGCGGACCUUUGAUGUCAAUGUAAAGGGGGUGUACCUGGGAUGCAACGCUUUCAUACCUCACGCUAUCGACCGAAAAGAGGGCGGAGUGGUGAUUAACAUUGCAUCUGUCGGAGCUACUAGACCGAGGCCGGGGUUGGUGUGGUAUAAUGCUUCAAAAGGCGCAAUAUGGAAUGCAACAAAGGGUCUUGCUGCGGAAUACGGCCCCAACCAAAUUCGAGUCAAUAGCAUCUGUCCCUUGGUCACAGGCACUGGCCUCUUCUCAUCGUUCACCGGCAUGGAAGAUACACCUGAGAACCGGCAAAAGUUCAUCUUCAAUGUGCCAAUGGGACGAAUCGGUGAGGUGGAAGAUGUUGCGUCGGCUUGUCUCUUCAUUGCUAGUGAUGAAGCAAAGUUUAUUACAGGAGUCAAUCUGGAAGUGGACGGAGGGCGAUGCAUUUAGAUCUAAGCACGGACUGGGACCAGACCCUCUCUCUACACAUGUGUAUAUACGAGGAUCAUGCCAUGCGACUGGGAGCAUCAUAUCUGCCCUUGAGGGAUUCUAACAAGUGAAAAGCUCAUAGACCAAAGAGAUCCCAUUUCUACGCCCUGGGAUAUUCUUACAGCACUGAUAGUAGAUACAGGUGAUACAUUGCGCGGCCUCCUUAGAAAAAGCCUGCGUGUGUUCGGACUUCUUCUUUCGGAUA